ACGGGCAAAGACGCGUCGAAGCGGGAAUGGAAUACAGAGAAGCUGGGACUGCGAAUGGGCGUCGAUGCGCUGGCUGCUGGGUCGGCGGCGACGCUCAUCGCGCCGCUUAUCACGAUAAUAGACAAGAGCAUUAUUGAGAACGCGAGCGGGAGAAAUACGCUGGGCGAGAGUCUGAAAAAGAGCGCUCGCGAGAUGCUGUCGAAACCGCAUGUGUUUCUGACCAGUCGGCCUUUUGCGCUGGUAUUUGCGCUAUACUUCGGCACCUACCUAACCGCCAACACAAUCGACACCACCUCCUCAACCCUGCACUCCACCCCGCUCACCACAACCACAGCCGGCACCCCAAAAUUCCUCGCAACCUCCACCACAAACCUCGCCCUCUGCCUCUACAAAGACAACCAAUUCACGCAGCUCUUCGGGUCCUCGCGCCGCCCCGUACCCCUCCCCACAUUCGCCCUCUUCACCGUGCGCGACUGCCUCACCAUCUUCGCAUCGUUCAAUCUCCCGCCCCUGCUGGCCCCGGCGCUGGAGCGCAAAAUGGGCGACGAGGUGAAGCGCUAUGUUGAGGCGCAGAGUUUGGCGCAGUUUGUCACGCCUGCGGCUGUGCAGAUUGUGAGCACGCCGCUGCAUUUGUUGGGGUUGGAUCUGUAUAAUCGGCCUGCGGCGAUGUGGGUUGGAGGGGAGGGGAGGGUGGGGAGGGUGCUUAGGGAUUGGGCGAAGAGUGCGCUGGCGAGGAUUGGGCGGAUUAUUCCGGCUUUUGGGGUGGGUGGGGUUGUGAAUUUGAAGGUUAGGAGGGGGAUGAUGGGAAGGUUGGAG